UCUUCCAGUGCACCCCGACUCCCGCUGCAGCGCAAGCCUGUCGCUCGCACCUCAUCAUCCAGCAAACGUCCCAACUCAAGCUUGUGUUCUGAGCACGGUCACCCCCCACCAACAACGAGUCUCGCCCCCGAUCGCCUACCCUCGCCGAUACCAACCCCUCCUCCUCCAAGUGCCGGUCGCGCCAACGCCCCGUCUUUCCAGCUUGCUUUCAACAAUCUGGGCCUGGAACGCCUGGGGUCUGCGGCCGUUGAACCUCAAUUACCCGUCUUAGAUGCAGUUGCGGAAAAUCCGUCCGGAGAAUCCACAACCUACCAGGUCGUAACUUCAACGACACCCGCACCGUUCCCGAAGCGUCCAAGUCUUGGUUCUCGCCGUCAGUCACUGCUUGCGCCGUCGCACCAACAUCUGAUUAACAGCCUGCUGGAUUCGGGACCCACGGGUGAACCUGACGGAUUUGACAACGGUCGCUUCAAUACGUACGGCACAGGCAUGGUUCGCAAGAUCUGGGUCAAGCGGCCAGGUGGGUCGGCCACUCUGGUCCCCACCACGGAUGACUUCGUGGUGGACGAGCUGCGAGACCAGGUGAUCAACAAGUAUGCCAACUCCCUGGGCAAGACUUUCGAUGCGCCCGAUAUCGUCAUCCGGAUCUCACCCCGAGAGGGCUCCAAUCGACAAACGACCCCCGAUCGGAUCCUGAGCCCAGAGGAGUCAUUGAUGAACGUGGUGGACACCUACUAUCCCGGAGGGCAAGUCAUUGAGGAGGCUCUUAUUAUCGACAUACCUCAGAGACGCACACCCAAACCGUCCCCGCGCCCUCAAGUCUACUAUAACCAGUCCGAGCCCGGCGAGCAUGGCGACUACUUCCCUCUCAUGCCAGCAAAUCCCACUGUUCCCACACCGCCAUCACAUCCAAACAACUCCUCUGCCAGUGUCAACGCUCAUCCCGCCCCGUCAAUAUCAAUCCUCACCACAGGUAUGGCCCCGCCACUGCCUUCGCCGGGAAGCCGAGGGAAUCGACACCCGCGUCGGCCACCACUUACUCGCCAUACUACAAACUCUCCUACGAUGCUAGGCCAGGUGACGGCCCCGAAAGACCCCAACGGUGUCCCAGGACCUCUAUCGUCCCAGCCGGUGCCUUCCAUUCCCACUCCGCCCGGUCCUCCCCCGGAGUCGCCCCAGGCCAAGUCGCUUACACCUCCUGCACGUGGAGCUUCUCCGCGGCCCCGUCCGUCUGCGUCGUCCGCCAAGCCAAAGAAACCGAGUGCGACGCAGUCAUUGAGUGGCGCCUUUGGUGGUCUCAUUGAGGGCACGGUGCCACCGAUCAACGUGUUGAUCGUUGAGGACAACAACAUCAAUCAAAGGCUUUUGGAAGCGUUCAUGAAGCGUCUGAGUGUGCGUUGGAAGUGCGCUGCAAACGGCGCAGAGGCUGUGAAGAAAUGGCGACAGGGCGGUUUCCACUUGGUCUUGAUGGAUAUUCAAUUGCCCGUCAUGAAUGGAUUAGAUGCAACGAAGGAGAUUCGGCGACUGGAGCGGCUGAACGGCAUUGGCGUGUUCCCCAAGACCGCCGAUGGACGGGCUAGUGCGGCCACGGCUAGUGUGACCUCACCGCUAGCUAUUACAGGCAACAGUGAUCCCCUGAAUGAAGAAGACACGUUACAUGACUUGUCUCUAUUCAAAAGCCCGGUCAUUAUCGUGGCGUUGACGGCGAGCAGCUUGCAGAGUGAUCGUCAUGAAGCCCUGGCGGCUGGCUGCAAUGACUUCUUGACCAAGCCUGUGCGGUUUGAAUGGUUGCAGCAGAAGGUCACGGAAUGGGGAUGCAUGCAAGCUCUGAUCGACUUCGAGGGCUGGCGCAAGUGGCGUGGCUACGCCAAUGAUACCUGCUACUUCCCAACGGCGGAAGGUCAUACAAGCCCCAUGCAGACCGGACCCGAGACAGCCUCGAAGAAACCGUCCCCGAGUAUCACUCCCUCGCCGUCUUCGGUGCUCAGCCAGAAUGGCAAGAAGGAGCGCAAGGCCCUCCAUCUGCCCCAACUCAUUGAUGUGACCCCGGAGGAUUCUUCCGGAAGUGGGAGCGGAGAGGGACUGGAUUCGCCAAGCAGC